GACCACUCUCUGUAGCUCUGUCUGCGCGAAGCCUCCAUCCGUUGGAGGCAGCUCGCGCCCCGUUUAUUGCCCUGCUCCGUCUUCCCCUCGGGCACACAGGGCGCUUCGAUGGUGGGGCCGGUCCGGCAUGCGUGGAUCCAGUGCCGCCCCUGCUGCAGGGCGCGCCUCCGGGGACAAUCCUCGAACCGUUCCCGCCGCUUGUUGGGGGAGAAAAUUCUGCGGGCGGAAGUAGUGUUGAUAUGUUUCUCCCCGGGGCCGCGAGUAGCGGUGGCGGCGGUCCGCCGCGGCGCCCGGGCGGAAAUGGCGAGGACGACCAAGGUCAUAUCCACUGUAAGAGUGAUGUCUGGGAGGUCUGGAACAUCGCAACUUGUCAUGCAAAACUUGGAUCGUACAGAUGAAGUCUGUGUUGCAUGAACGACUGCCGUGAAUGUUUCCCUAAUAUUGUUCUUGCCGAGAGAAUAAAACGAAAAGCCAAUCUCUCAUGCGGAAUAGGCAUGUAGAAGCCGCCACCCAAAUCGAACUUGGAGAAACGAGCUUGCCUUCGCCAAACGGCGCGAGCAC